AUGUAUUGUGCUUAAGAGCAAAACAAAACAUAGAUUGAUUGAAAAUUGUUUAGCGUUUCAGCAGAAACUCACACAAAAUAACCGAUUGGUAAAAUAUCUAAGUGAAAAGAAAACUACAUAAUUUACGACUGUGUUUGAAGUAACUGACCAAAAAAUGUCGGUCGACGCCGAGUUCGAGCAAUUUCAUCGAUUGUUGAAAGAGCAUCCGGAAAUUUCCAUGGAAAAUAUGUUUGCAAAAAUGUCAGCCGGAAUUUUAGACUGGCAGACGAAAAGGGUCAAUUUGGGACUCAUUGGGUCGAAACGACAAGGAAAAAAGACACUGAUUCACAGCAUGUUCGGUUUACCGAAUGCAGAGGAGCCGGACAAAGGUCACGAUCUCCAUCAUCAUCAUCACCACCACCACGAGAAAAUAGAUCACCCUGUGUCAUACAUACACCCCGAAAACCAGAAUAUAAAACUCUGGUGCUUGCCGAGAGCAGACGAUGAACGAAAUGUGGACACUUACACGAGAAGAGUUGAAAGAACAGUCGAGUCACUCGACGCUUAUCUCGUUCUUAUUCCGAGCACCUUGAACACAGAGUUAAAAUACUUGCUCACGUGCCUGAAGAAACUAAACGGCGACCAAAAGCCGGUUUACUUCGUCAAAACAAAAAUCGACUCAACGAUAUCAAAAAAGGUCAAAUCGACACGACCCUCGAAUGAGGUAAAACGUCGCGUUCGCGAAAACCUCCUGACUGAAAUCCAAGGUUUGGGGUUGAAGCGGAAGCCUAUCAACUUAUUCUUGGUCAAUAGCAAGGAUCCUUCCUCGCACGAUUUUUCAGGGCUGAUGCAGAAAAUCACGACUGAUUUGCCUCAUGGCGAAAUUAGGACUGCUUGGACAAUUUCAUUGCGAGCUUGGCGCGGAAAUGCAGUUGCCGAGGAAAAAUUCAAAAUAAUGGAAGAGAGAGUUGGCAAAAUUGCGUUCAAUGCUGCAUUUUGUGAACAAUUUCAGGGCAACUUGAACAAACAGUUGCCACAAGUCUAUACAGACGAGCUAGUUCUCUACGCACAAUGUUUCCGACUUAGAAGCGAAGACAUCGAACAAAUCGGAGAAUUGAAACGCGAGGAGAAAGAUCACGUCACUAAUUUCAUAGUGAAUGAGGUGGAAAAACGAAGCAAGGAUCUGCACUAUGCGUUAGCUGGGAAAAAAUGGAAGCUGAGUUUAGAGAAAGUGAUCGCUUGGCAGAAUACGUCAGUCAGUCGAAUUGUUGAGGAAAAUUCGUUCACGAAGAAGAACGUCAGCAUAUUCGAGCAUUUCCUAAAAGAGGCUUUGCUGUGUGCAAAAGAUGUGUCAAUCAGAACGAUGGAAAAAAUUGCAAGCUCAGUAUAGCUCGCAUCAAGAGCCGUAAUCAGUAGCAGCAAAAGUAGUUAUCACACAAUAUCAGCCACAAUUAACUCUUUCUGAUAGUUUGUACCAACUAUAAAAUUAGCGGAUACAUUCCCCAAAUCAUUUUUAAU